UAUGCCUGUUCAAAAACAAACACACAAACAGAGAAACAGCGGGCAUGUCAUGCAUCGGUCGGACACAUAAAUGCAAAAUGAGUCUGUCUGCCAAGGACAAGGAGACCGUGAAGGCCAUUUGGGCAAAAAUCGCCCCGAAGGCUGAUGACGUCGGCUGCGAGGCAUUGUCUAGGUAAACAAUUUUGAUCGCUACCUUAACGCCUUCAAGUCGCUUUGCAGAAUGUUUGUGGCCCACCCACAGACCAGGUUCCGCACCAGUCAGGAAACACGGAAAGAAAAUCAUGACCGCGCUUGGGGACGCUGUAGCCAAAAUCGAUGACCUCUUCGGUGGCCUGCCCGCCCUCAGCGAACUGCAUGCCUUUCAGCCCAAUUUCAAGAUCCUGAACCACAACAUCCUUUUGGUGCUGGCACAAUAUUUCCCAGAUGAUUUCACUGCCGAAUCUCCCGAGGAGAAAUUCCUAGCCAGUGUGGCCCUGACCAUGCGUAACAAAUAUCGUUAAGAUUUUCACAUGUUGCUAUGGCGUCCUGGGCACAUAGUCCUGCACCGCCAUGUAUCAAAAAUAAAUUUGAUCUGGAAAAUUGAUAGGCUCUGUCGUUUUUAAGUUGUCGAUUAGUCACAUAUAGGUAAUUUAUUUAUAACCGUUUCGACAGUUUGUUUAGAAAUGUAAGCCUCUUGCCAGACAUUGACACAGAAUGACCUCAUAAUUAUAACCUUAUUCCAUUUCCUGACAAUACUUGACAUGGAACAAUACUUAAUGACAACACUUAUUUAUGCUAAAAACAGAAUCGAUAAGGCGCCAUAAACCAUCUUGUCACCUCUAGUUCCCCCAAGUGGGACGGUACAGCAUACAAUGCUAUAGUACUACUAAUAUAUUAUUUCUAAAGGACAACUUUUCUUUGGAAUACUAAUCCAUUGCAUUGUGUUUUAGUAGUGUUUGACUGAAUUAUUAUUGUUAUGGACCAUUACACUGCGGGUCAGCACAGAGUUUGUUUAAAUUUGACAUACUAUUUUGUAUUGAAUCCUAUUAGUGGUCCAUUAAACUCUUUUAGGACAAUAUAAACUCGACUUUUUAAAAACAUUGAAUUCCUAAGCAUACAUUUGUGAGAACGAUAUGUCCCCCCAAAUACUGUGAGGGGCUGGGUUUGUCCUGCCCUAUUACAUGUGCAUCGUUAGGCCUGAUUUAAGCAGGUUAUAGCCUGAAUCACAAUAAAACACAAUUUGACUCUGAAAGAUGUACAUAGACGAUCUUUUGACACUGCUGACUAUCGCUCUGCACUAUUUUACUAACAUCUCAACCAGUUCGUGGCACACUAUGUGCGAGACAGAGGGUGUCUGGGCCAGAGAACGUUCCUUUGUAACUUCAAUAUAAACUUAAAGAAAAUACGUAGGCAAGGCAAGUUUAUUUGUUUAGCGCAAUUUAAAGUGCUUUACAUCCGAUAUAGAUUAAU